AUGUCAAGUAUUAAUCAGGAAGAAGUUUUUUUAUUGGCUGAGAAAAAGCUUUCAAAAUUUGUUAUUAAGUACGAGAAAUCACAAGAAUACGAUUUGAAUGCUUUAAUCAUGUUCCAAAAUUUGAUGGAUUGUAUUCCUGAUAUUCAAGAAUCAAAUGAGUAUUAUCAACUUAUAGAUGAGACUGAAGACAUUAUUUUUUUUGCAACUCAAGGCAAAAAGCCAAAAGCAAACAUGGAAAAAAUGACAAAAGUUGUAGAUUUGUUUAUGCUGAUCAAAGAGGAGUGCCUUACACCUCAAGAAAAGAAAAGCUCAAUGAAGGAAAAAGUGUUUCUAACUGUCUGUGCUGUUGCUUGGACUAUGUUAAUGUUUGCACCAUAAUGCUUCUUUAAAAGUGUAUUAUAAUUUUA